AUGAAUCGGCGAAAGGGGCAAACUUUAAGAAGCGGGGCCAGGGAAAUAAUUCUUAAUGUAACUCAACGUUGUGAGGAAGAAGCAAUAAAUAAAGCCUUCAAUAUCCCUCUUCAUGCUCCUACAAAAAGGGCCGCAUUUUAUACAGGUGUUGGGGAGACUACAAUUAAAAAAAUUAAGCGCGAACAUCAAGACAGAAUGCAAAAUGAGCCCGAUGCAUUACUGAAAUCUCCGGGAAAAAAAAGACAUAGGCCAGAUAUUUGUGAAAAAAUUGACGAUUUUGAUUUUCAAGUCAUAAGAAGGACCAUUGAAGACUGUUAUUUAGUUGACAAACGAGUGCCAACCUGUCAGCAACUCGUCGCAAAAAUUCGCCAAAAAAUAGAUUUUCCCUAUGGACGAAGAAGUUUGAAUAGACUUCUUAAAAAAAAUGGUUUUUUCUGGAGAAAAUGUAAGAAUAAAAGAAAGGUGCUUAUGGAGCGACCACAGAUUAUGCAUUGGCGGUUACUGUACCUGCGGGCAUUAAAAAAAUACCAAAAUGAGGAGAAAAGUAUAAUAUACAUAGAUGAAACAUGGGUAGACAACGAUAUGACAGUAAAAAAAUGUUGGCAAAGCGAUGUCCAUAAAGUGUUUGGCGUAACGAGUGGCAUUAGAUCUACCGGUCGCUUAAUAGUGGUACAUGGAGGGUCGGUACAGGGGUUUGUUAAAAAAGCCGAAUUAGUCUUUAGAUCGGGCACGAGUACAGGAGAUUACCACGGACAAAUGAAUGCCACGAAUUUUGAAAAGUGGCUAACAGAACGUUUAUUUCCAAACAUACCUCCGAACUCCGUAAUUGUAUUAGACAAUGCUCCGUACCAUUCCACUUUGGUCAAUAAAGUACCAACUACCUCAUCUACGAAAGGGACGAUAAUGGAUUGGUUGAGGGCCAACAAUAUUCCAUUUAACUCCUCCAUGCGAAAGGUAGACUUAAUGCAAAUCGUUCUUCAACAUAAGCCGCUUGAAAAGCAGUAUAAAGCAGAUGAAAUUAUUCGGGCACAUGGACAUAUUCCUUUGAGACUACCGCCGUACAUGUGUGAACUGAACCCAAUUGAACUUGCAUGGGCUGCAGUAAAACGAUACAUACGAGACAGGAAUACCACAGGAGAAAUGAGCAUUAACCAGCUAACAGAAUUAACCUACCAAGCAAUCUCUGCAAUACGGCCUGAAGACUGGCAAAAUUACGUCAGGCAUGUAAAAAAAAUUGAAGACGAGUACUGGGAGAGGGAUGGUAGGAUAGAAGAUGCAGUGGAUGAAAUAAUUAUACAAUUGGGCGAAUCUGAUGAUGAAGAUGAUGACUUAUUUUCAAUCGCUUCAUCAUCUGCAUCCGAAUCUAGCGACAUUGAGGGCGUCGAAACCCUUAAUUGGCCUUCCACCUCUCCUUCCACUUCGUCUGACGGUUGCAAAUGA